UGACAUUGAUGUUGAUAUGGAUGAUGAAUCAACUCAAAAUGAAAUUGUUGGAGCCAAUGGUGAUGGAAGUCAGCCACCAAUUGCAGCGGUUGGUGAUGAAAUUCAGCCUUCAAAUGCAACUGAAGACAUUCUCGCAGUUGAUGCAUCAUCUCUUCCACCUAUGCAAACAAGGAAGAGGAAGCCUAAUGCUAGUGUGCACUCAAACUUCUGUCCCAAGAUGACUGUUACUAAAUUCAUAAUUUUAGAUAAACAACCCUUUAAGCUAGCUGAGGGGGAGGGUUUCAAACAACACAUUAUAACCUUACAGCCACAAUAUACAAUUCCUUCAAGGCACACAAUGUCCAGGGAUUGUUUUAAGUUGUACCUAGAAGAAAAGGAGAGGCUGAUGGCUGAGUUUAGAUCUAAUUGUUAAAGGGUUGCACUUACAACCGAUUGUUGGGCAUCUGUCCAAAAGCUUCGUUACUUAGUU